GAAAUGUAGUAUUACUCCAGGAUCCAUAUCUGCAGGCACUACAGUCAAGUCAGAUAUUUCUAGCUUCUCAAAAGUUCAAGAACACUGAAGAGCACAGGCUGGAUAAAAGAAUGGAAUUUAAGACCUGCUUAGUACUAGCUACUGCUUUGUGUUUAGGAUUUGUAGGCCCUCAAAAGAGUAGUCACCCACCAUAUGCCUGCCAAUGUCUAAUGGAAGUCAGCAAAAGAGAUGAAUGUGAAUUUUCUUCAGAAAACAUUACUGCAGAGCAGUGCACAGCAAAUGGAUGUUGCUUUGAUGCAUCGAUGCCUGACGUCCCCUGGUGCUUCAAACCAUCAGGUGAAAGAGCUUCAGUAACCUAUGCAAGGAAAAUGAUUCCACCAGAUGAAAGAAAGGAGUGUGGCUAUCAAGGGAUCACACGCAAAAGGUGCAAACGAAUUGGAUGCUGCUUUGAUCUAAAGGCAUCUGGAGCACCAACCUGUUUUCAUCCUCCAGUAAAUGACGCUUCUCAAUACUGUGUAAUGGAAGGGAGCGCAAGGCUAGAAUGUGGUUAUCCAAGCAUCAGUGCUGAGGAAUGCCAAGCAAAGGGGUGUUGCUUCAAUUCAUAUGACAUUAAUACCCGGUGGUGCUUUCAUCCUCUAUCGGACACAGUACCUGCGAGGCUAUGUGGAAUGGCACCCAAGAGACGAGUGUCGUGUGGAGCUCCUGGCAUCUCUGCUGAUGAAUGCAUGGCGAAAGGAUGCUGCUAUGAACAUUACCAGUACGCCAAAACAGUCCCCUGGUGUUUCCAGCCAUAUGAAAAACAAGGAAAUUAUUCUAAUAAGCUCCAUUUAUGCCACAUAAUACUCUCUUUGAUCCAAAUCCCUACUUUCCAAGAGUUGUGUGCUAUGAAGAAUCAGAAAAGGGUCUGGUUAUGUCUAGCUAUUUUAAUUCUAGGUUGCAGCAUACUGCUCGAAGGGGCAAGAGCUCCACCAAAAAGCCGAUGUGACGUUGAUCCCCACAAACGAUCCAACUGUGGACCUCCCGGGAUCACUUCCCAGGAAUGUGAAAAUAAAGGAUGUUGCUUUAAUUCAAAAGUGCCAGGAGUCCCUUGGUGCUUUAAACCAACCCCUCCAAAAUCAAAAUGCCGAUGUAACAUUGAUCCCCACAAACGAUGCAACUGUGGACCUCCCGGGAUCACUUCCCAGGAAUGCGAAAAUAAAGGAUGUUGCUUCAAUUCAACAGUGCCAGGAGUUCCUUGGUGCUUUAAACCAACCCCUCCAAAAUAUAGAAAGGUGUGUCCUACAGAUGUGAAACUCCGGAAGAACUGUGGCUAUCCAGGAAUCCCGGCUGAUAAAUGUGCAAAAAGAAAGUGCUGUUUUGACAGCAAACCACCUGGUGUCCCAUGGUGCUUUUUUCAUAUCAUUGUGGAAGAAGGUAAGGAACAAAGUGUUAAAAUGAUGCUUCAGGAAGGAGCUUUCACAAAGAGCGUGCUUUCAACAGAACUAUUCAAGCACAAUGUUAUCCCAUGUGCUGUAGUAGUAGCCUAUAGAAUAUAUAUGAUUGUGGAAGAUAAUUACCACAAGAAGAACUUGAAAGGUGAAGUGGUGCUAGACACAUCCAGAGCUACGGAAAGCCAAUGGAUGAAUGAUAAAAUGGCAAUUUAUGUAACAUGUUGUGAAUAUUUUACAUUAAUUUCUUGUGGAGCAUUAAAGAUUCCUGACAGAGGAAAGCAAGCUGCCAUGGAACAGAAGAAGUUCUGGUUAUUGGCAAUGGUCCUUGUCUUAGGAUUCAGCAGCCUGGCUAAUGGGUUUUUCCUGAAAUUACUUCCAGGACAAUGCCAAGUGCAACCAAAUGCCAGAGUGAACUGUGGAUACCCCUAUAUCAGUGCUCAGGAAUGCUACAAUAGAGGAUGCUGUUUUGAUUCAAGUAUUGCUGGAGUCAUCUGGUGUUUCUUUCCAAAAGAUAAUACAGAAUGCUCCACCUAAAGUAAAUGGGAUCUCAGAACCUGUCGCCUUUUUCUAGAGUUCCUGAGGAAUUAAAAUAAAGCUACUUUUCAAUCUGUAGAUAUACAUAUGCUCUCUUCUGUUAAAAUAAAUAUUGCCUAUGAGAUCAUGUCAACCUUAUCUUAAAAAUUAAAUAGAAUACUUAAACACAAGUGUAGCUUUUUCUAGUCUAUUGUUCUGCAAAUAAAAGCCUUGAGAACUUUCCUAACUUUUAAA